GUCGGGAGUCAGCAGGACUAACCACCUACGCGGAAGGCAACGGGACUAUAAAAGGGCUCGAAGCCCCCUGUCUUCGCUCCUCUCAAUCGCUCUCCGCCUUCUCGCUUCCCAGGUUUUCUUGGUUUGAAGUUCCCGCAAAAGGCUUUGAGCACUUAGAAAGAUGGCAGAGGACGGUUACAAGGUCAAAUUGAAUGUUUAUGACCUUAGCCAGGGGCUUGCUCGACAGCUCUCAACAUCAUUUUUGGGGAAAGCUGUUGAAGCUAUAUGGCACACUGGUGUGGUAGCAUAUGGAAAUGAGUACUACUUUGGUGGGGGCAUUCAAUGUGAUCCGGCUGGAAUGACACCUUAUGGAACUCCAAUUAGGGUGGUGGACAUUGGGGUGACGCAUGUGCCCAAGGAGGUCUUUGAAGAGUACCUGCAUGAGAUUGGCCCCCGUUACACUGCUGAGACCUACAACCUUCUCAGCCACAACUGCAACAACUUCAGCAAUGAGGUUGUACAGUUCCUGGUUGGCGCCGGCAUCCCGGACUACAUCCUUCAACUCCCAAAUGAAGUCAUGAGCAGCCCAAUGGGAGCACUUAUAUUGCCCAUGAUUCAGCGGCUGGAAACAACACUGAGAUCAGGAGCUGUUCCUCAAGCUCCCCAGUUCGUGCCUCCUCCUGCGGCGCCGCCAUCUAUACCAAAGAAUAUUGCAUCAAACCCGCCCAACAACAAGAGCUCAGUGCAAUCGGAUGGCCAAGAAGCUGAUUCUGGGAGUUCACCCUCUGAGGUUCAGGAUAGCAGGGUGGCCGUUCCACCACCUCUGAAAGCUGCUUCAGUUUCAGAGGAGAAAAAACCUCCAGUGAGCGAUCCCCUUGGGGAUGCUCGCGGCAGAGUGCAGGAAGAGAUCACGAGAGAGUUUGCAGCAAUCAUGGCAACUGGGACGCUGCGGGCGAGUGAGGCGGCGGCCCUUGCAGCAAGAAGAGUGAUGGAAAGGCAUGGGUUGUUGAAUUUGCCGAUGCAGCAGAGUUAGGCUUGUGCCGAGGGAUUUAGGAGAUUGCUCCUGCUAUUCUUCAAAGCAAUUGCUUUGAGCUUGUUUGCUGGAUUAAUUUUUAUGGAACUAUGAUGGAUACGCUGUCGUGGACAUUAAACUGGUUCCACGUGGCUGCUGCAGCCUCUCUGAUGGAAGGAAAUCAAGCAAAUGAACUUACGGAAUUGGUUUUGGAAGUGACUUGGUUUUGGACUUGGUUUUGCACUUGUAAUCACUUUGUGGAAUGGCGAUAGGAGACGGACACACUUGAUUCAUGAGAUGCAUGGCCUUGUUUCUUUCUUGGAGCACAUCGAACGGGUGCCCAAGUGGUAUAUAUUGAUGCGGGGGAGGUUGAUUUUUUCAGCGGAUGGGGAUUCGCAUGUCAUGGUCUGAAAAAAACGAG